UUGUAAAUCAUUUUUCAAACUCUAUGGCGUAAAAGCUCAAAAAAAAAAAAAAAAGCCACCUAAGCUCUACCCAAUUAGUUUGGACUUACUUGAAAUUCCAUCUUAUUAUAUAAAGUUUGCAACUACAAACUCCUCUGUCACUCUGAUUUAAACAAAUUAAAAAAACAGAGCAUUUUAAAAAAUCCUCAAUCUUCUUUCUAAAUGGAUUGGAUCAGAGGCAAUACUAUAGGCCACGGAUCCACCGCCGCCGUCUCCGCCGCCAAAUCACGUUUCUCAGGUGAAGUUUUUGCUGUUAAGUCAGUGGAGCUAUCAAAGUCACAGUUGUUGCAAAAGGAGCAGAAAAUUCUUUCCGAAUUGAUCUCCCCUUAUAUAGUUAGGUACAAGGGGUAUGAUGUUACCAAAGAGAAGGAUAAACUCAUGUUUAAUCUUAGGAUGGAGUAUAUGCCGGACGGUACACUUUCCAAUGAAAUUCGAAAACAGGGUGGUCGGAUGAACGAACCGUUGAUCGGGUAUUAUACCAAGCAAAUUGUACAAGGAUUAGAGUACUUACAUUCAAGAGGCGUAGCACACUGUGACAUAAAGGGGCAAAACAUUUUAUUAGGUGAAACCGGUGCCAAACUUGCUGAUUUUGGAUGUUCCAGGUGGAUUGAUCCGGCGGAGAGGGACGGAGGUGCAAACUCAAUUGGAGGAACGCCGAUGUUCAUGGCACCAGAGGUGGCGCGUGGGGAAGAACAGGGGUUUGCAGCUGAUAUUUGGGGAGUGGGAUGUACAAUGAUUGAAAUGGCUACUGGUGGAUCGCCAUGGAAUAAUGUGACAAACGCAGCUUCAUUACUUUACAAAAUUGCAUUUUCAGAGCAAUCCCCUGAAAUUCCAAAAUUCCUCUCUUCACAAGCAAGGGAUUUUUUAAACAAAUGCUUGAGAAGAGAUUGUGAAGAAAGAUGGACAGCUAAACAACUCCUCAAGCAUCCAUUUCUUGAAUCAAAUUCUACGAUAAUUCAAAAUUUUGUGACGAGUUCACCAACAAGCAUUUUAGAUCAAGACAUAUGGAAUUCAGAAACAACGAUAUUAGAAACAGUUAUCUGUCCUGUGCAAAGGGUAAGAGAAUUAAUUUCGGAUUCAGGUGAAUUGAAUUGUAGAUGGACUGAUGAUGAGAGAUGGAUGACAGUUAGAAUUAAGUCAUGAACCGUGAAAACUUGCUGUAAAUUUUGUACUAUACAAACACUGUACAGAUAAAAUAAAAAAAAAGAGUAUAUAUUAUCUCUUGCCAACUGUCAAGAAAUUAUAAUUUUGAUCGA